AUGUUCUUCUCCUCCUCCUCCUCCUCUUCUUCCUUCUCCUCCUACUCUUUCUCCUCCUUCUUCUUCUUCUUCUUCUUUACAUAUUUCUCUCUCUGCAUCCCACGAUUCUUAUUUCCUUUCUUUCUUUCUUUCUUUCUUUCUUUCUUUCUUUCUUUCUUUCUUGCAUUCAUUUAUGUCUUGAAAUUUUCCCAUUUUUUUCUUUGUCUCUUUCUUUCUUUCUUUUUCUGUCAUUCUUUCGUUUUUCUUUUCAAUCCAUUCUAUCUAUCUAUCUAUCUAUCUAUCUAUCUAUCUAUCUAUCUAUCUAUCUAUCUAUCCCUCUAUCCCAGUCUGUUUCUAUCUAUCUAUCCCAGUCUGUUUCUAUCUAUCUAUCUAUCUAUCUAUCUAUCUAUCUAUCUAUCUAUCCCAGUCUAUUUCUAUCUAUCUAUCUAUCCCAUCUCUUCUAUCUCUAUCUAUCUAUCUAUCCCAGUCUGUUCAUAUCUAUCUAUCUAUCUAUCUAUCUAUCUAUCUAUCCCAGUCUGUUCAUAUCUAUCUAUCUAUCUAUCUCUAUCUAUCUAUCUAUCUAUCUAUCCCAGUCUGUUUCUAUCUAUCUAUCUAUCUAUCUAUCUAUCUAUCUAUCUAUCUAUCUAUCUAUCCCAGUCUGUUUCUUCUAUCUAUCUAUCUAUCUAUCUAUCUAUCUAUCUAUCUAUCUAUCUAUCUAUCUAUCCCAGUCUGUUCUAUCAUCUAUCUAUCUAUCUAUCUAUCUAUUUAUCUAUCUAUCUAUCUAUCUAUCUAUCUAUCAUCUAUCUAUCCCAGUCUGUUCAUAUCUAUUCUAUCUAUCUAUCUAUCUAUCUAUCUAUCUAUCUAUCUAUCUAUCUAUCCCAGUCUGUUCAUAUCUAUCUAUCUAUCUAUCUAUCUAUCUAUCUAUCUAUCUAUCUAUCUAUCUAUCUAUCCCAGUCUGUUCAUAUCUAUCUAUCUAUCUAUCUAUCUAUCUAUCUAUCUAUCUAUCUAUCUAUCUAUCCCAGUCUGUUUCUAUCUAUCUAUCCCAGUCUGUUCAUAUCUCUAUCUAUCCCAGUCUGUUCAUAUCUCUAUCUAUCCCAGUCUGUUCAUAUCUAUCUAUCUAUCUAUCUAUCUAUCUAUCUAUCUUCUAUCUAUCUAUCUAUCUAUCUAUCCCAGUCUGUUCAUAUCUAUCUAUCUAUCUAUCUAUCUAUCUAUCUAUCUAUCUAUCUAUCUAUCUAUCUAUCUCAGUCUGUUCAUAUCUAUCUAUCCCAGUCUGUUCAUAUCUAUCUAUCUAUCUAUCUAUCUAUCUAUCUAUCUAUCUAUCUAUCCCUGUCUGUUCAUAUCUAUCUAUGCUUUUUCAGAUUUUUCUUUUCUUUCCUUCCUUUUUUUCUUUUUUUGUUUUGGUUCUUUCAUAUUUUUUUCAAUAUUUUUAUGAUUGUAUCGUUUUUCUUUUAUUCUGUUUUAUCUUUUCCUUUUCCUUUUCCUCUCUUUCUUUCAUUCUUUCUUUCUGUGCCUUUCACCUUUUCUUUUUUCUUUCUUUUUACUGUGCUUACUGUUAUUCUUUUUUUCGUGCUUUUUUCUUUUCUUUCUUUCUUCAUUAUUGUGCCUUUUCCUCUCUUUAUUUCUUUCUUUUUCUUUCUUAAUUCAACCUUUUCUUUUUCAUUUUUCUAUCUUUCUUUCUUUUUCUUUGUGCAUUUUUCCUGUUUUCUUUGUUUCUUUCUUUUUGCGUUUUCCUUUAUUUUUGUGUAUUUUCCUUGUCUUUCUUUUAUUCUUUCUUUCUUUUAUUUCCUUUCCUUUUUCUUUUCUUAUGCUUUUUGUUCGUUUUUUCUUUCUUUCUUCUUAUCUUUAUUUCUUACUUUCUUUUGUAUUGUGAACUUCCCUCUCUUUCUUUUAUUCUAUCUUUUGGGGCAUUCUCCCUUUUCUUUCUUUCUUUCUUUCUUUCUUUCUUUCUUUCUUUCUUUCUUUCUUUCUUUCUUUCCUCUUUUCUACUGUGUUUUUACCAUUAUUUCUUUGUGUGUUUUCUUUCUUUCUUUCUUUCUUUCUUUCUUUCUUUCUUUCUUUCUUUCUUUUAAUUCCAUAAACUCCUUUCUUUCUCAUUUUUCUUUCUCAUAA